CAGAUUAUGUAUGGUAUUAUGGUCGAUUAGCCUGACGUCUAUCUUCAAAGUAAUACGAGUAUCUCGUAUAAUAGUACAUACUACAUACUGUACAGUGUACAAUUGUUCAGUCCUACGUGUUUCAAAGCAUUUCCACCAGCGGUCCCUUUAGCUGUACCACAUUAUGGAACUGGGUUUGUUACCACGGGUUAGCAGGCAUCCGCUGAUCGCUGGCACGUACGAUCGCUUUAUUGUGGAUAUCCUGGGCGAUAAUGCAACGUAUCGUGGAUACGUUUGUGGGGUUGAUAGUGAUCACUGCAUGGUGCGAGUUGGUGCCAUGCAGCAGUUACAGCGCAUUCCUAUGGGUAAACUGUACUUACCGGAUCCGGAAGAAGCGGUCAUGGUUCCUCCAGAUGGCCUUAUAGAAAAAGACAUUGAAGUCUUGGUCAGUGUGAACGAAAACGAGCCUGAAUCCUGGCAACCAGUAUCUUCUCUUGAUGGAAAGUCCAAUAAAUCGUUCCUACUGGGAACCGUCAAAGUGCAUCGACCAGAUAACAUGGUCAAAUUUUACCGCGUGCUGGAUGGUGGCGGUCGUGCUUUCAGGUGUCUUCGUUACGAGAAAAGUCGAGGACCCCCCGUCACACCGCAGUUAUUUCGCCAGGUGCAAAUUCCGCUCUCCGAAAUCACUUCACCCUGUUUAACAGACCAGGUGUUUCGCGAUUUUGGAGAUUAUUUCCAGAAAAACGCCCCCUUUACUGAUAGCACUGCCGGCAUUUUGGAACGAAUUCGAGAAUUUUCUUUCUUUCAAAGUCUUUUUGUGAAAAAGAGUCGGGACUUCAUGUUUCUUGGAAUUUUGAACGGCUGCAUUGACAUACUGGUUUCUCAGGUCAAGCGCAGUUACACAGACUACGACAUUCCCCGCCUUAUAGUUAUUCAGGAUAGGUUUUUUAAAAGGUUUAAACCAUCGACAGCCGUAAAUAAAGCCGUGCGCUGCGUUCUGGAAGAAAUACUGACCAUUGUUCCGGCUCAGCAUGAAUCCAAAGACCCAAACGACGUCCGCUUUGACGAUUUAUACGCGGAGCUUAUUCUGAUGAUCUUCGCUUAUCUGGAAGUUUACGACCAGCACCAACUUCGCAGGACGUGCAAUAUAUUCUGUCACUUGCUAUUUUCGGAUGCCAUACAACAAUCCGUAAUACUGCCUUACAAUCCCGAUCAUAUCACGGAAGUUUUGAGUAUAUAUACGUCGCGUGGAGAGGACUGCGAAAUGGCAUACAAAAUCGGGAAUUCUGUUACCAAGAAUACCAAAGUCUUGUACUUUGUCGGUGACAGGAAAGAGCGCCUGCGUAUCCUAUAUGUUCUGAAGGCGUUUGACAUGAAACUUGAUUGGCUAGUCAUUGCCAACAACACCACACUCUUGCUAAAUGAAUUCCUGCCAUUUCCGGAUCCCGAGUACAUGUUGUUUACUAAGGAAGAUAACUAUGGUAAUACCAAGAGGAAUUAUUCGUGGCCGAACGGCUAUACGAUGCGACUUGAUUUCGAUUUGGUUUGUCGCAAUUUCAUGCUGAAGAAUUGCUGCUUUAAUAGCAAAUUAUCCAUGUGCUUCCUAGUGAUUGUGUCGUUUUGGGAAGCCGGCGUAAUGCGGGAGUUUCGCGCUGGUCGUUCAUCCCUCAGAUGUUGCAAGGACCCGUUUUUUAUCACGAUACUAAACUGGCAUUACAGCUUUACGGAAUCAGUUCAGCCUAAGUUCGAGACUGCUUUCCAGACGGCUCUCGAGAAAUUUUGUCCAGAAAUGGAAAACAAUAAAUUCGAAAAUCUUGUCCAAUGGCUGGAUUCCCUUACAGACGAAGAUUUGGAUCCGAAAAAUUACAUUUGGCCGUUUAUUUUGCUGAUCUAUGGGCUGUGGAAUGAGGAACUCCCAAAAUGCCUGGCAGACGUCAAAAGAGACAUUUCCACCAAGUUUCCUCGGAGAAGUCUGAUGGUGCAGACGUUGGCUUUGCUAUUUCCCUGCAAUCCCGGGAUGUUUGGCAACGUAGCUGAUACGGCGACCAAGUGCAAAGAUUUACCAAGCCAAUCCGAUCCAAUCCAAUCCAGGAAUUUAUGCGAGCUGUAAUAUUAUCCGAAUAACGACAUUUUCAUACAUAAACUAAGCAAUAGCUGCUUCAUCUUGCUCUGAAACCAUACUUAUAGUGAUAAAAUAAUAUGCAAGACGGCCAUCAUCCGGUAUUACUCAGCUAGCCGGCGGCCGGUAGGAAAGUUAGUAUAACUAUGGCAUAAUCAACCGGAG